AUGACCCUCCCAAUAGAUGGAGUGACAACGUCAAUUGCAGAGAGUCAGUGUAUGCAGCUGAUUUUCGCCGCCAUCUUGGCAUUUGCCUCCGCCAAACCUUUGGUAUAUACCGCGCCCAUCGCAGCAGCGUACACCGCGCCGGUUGCCGCUGCGUACACCGCGCCGGUGGCUUACUCUGCGUACAGCGCGUACUCCCCGCUUAUUAUCGCCCUCGUGGCAGUUUUGGGCUUUGCCGUAGCUCAGCCAAUAGCAUUAGCUUACUCUGCACCGUUGACUUACUCCGCACCGAUCGCCUAUUCCGGAUUAAGUGCUCCCAUCGCUUACCCCGCUCCCUUGGCGUACUCUGGAAUCGCACUCGGAGCAUACGGAGAUUAUCCAUUUUUAUUCAAGAAACGCUAA